AUGAUUUCACCCCAAAAAGGGUUAGAACCCUUUGAAGGCCAGGUGACAGGAGGCACCUUGCUGGGCAGAUGUUACAUCACACUAUCCAGGAUUGUGGAAAAGCCGACUUGGCGUCAUAGGGCACGACACCUGCCCAGGCUCAGGUACCCGCCACUGUGUCUUACCAGGAUUAAUGAUCUCCUACAGUACUUUGACUGUACUGACCACUUCUACAAUCCGUCUUUCCUAAUGGUGGAAUUCGACACGAGCUGUACUAAUAUUGGGCACAGGCCUCGCGGACCGCCGUACACCGGGACCUCCGGUGUUUACGCAAGGCCGUCCCACGCAAGGGUUAUGCCCAGAUGCUGUUUGCGAUGGGCCCUACACAUCUGUACGUAA